AUGGUGAAGUAUUCGAGAGAGCCAGACAACCAUACCAAGUCCUGCAAAGCAAGGGGCAAUGAUCUCCGAGUGCAUUUUAAGAACACAAGAGAGACUGCCCAUGCUAUUCGCAAGCUGCCUUUGGUAAAGGCUAAAAGGUAUUUGGAGGAUGUUUUGGUCCACAAGCAAGCCAUUCCAUUCCGGCGCUUUUGUCGUGGAGUAGGGCGAACUGCUCAGGCUAAGAAUCGCCAUUCAAAUGGACAGGGACGGUGGCCUGUUAAAUCUGCAAAGUUUAUUCUCGACUUACUUAAGAAUGCUGAGAGUAAUGCAGAGGUGAAAGGUUUGGAUGUGGAUUCGCUUUACGUAUCUCAUAUCCAGGUAAACCAAGCCCAGAAGCAAAGACGCCGCACAUACCGUGCUCACGGGAGAAUUAAUCCUUACAUGUCAUCUCCAUGCCAUAUUGAGUUGAUUUUGUCAGAAAAGGAGGAGCCUGUCAAGAAAGAGCCUGAGACUCAGCUGGCGAGUAGGAAAGCAGAGAAGGGUCGAACUCUACGCAGUGGUGCUGCUUCUUAA